UCUAUCCACUGCGACUCAACAUGGAUGGCCUCCUCUUCCCUUCUGCAAGGCCUCUAGUUCUGUCUAAUACGAGGUUUGCAUGUAUAACUGUCGGACUCAUCACAGUUAUUUUCUUGGGAGCUAAUUUCAUACCCAGUAUCUGGGAUGCUUUCCAGUUUAUCGGAGCAACUGCUGCAGUUUGCCUUGGGUUCAUCUUUCCUGCAGCGGUUACUCUUAGGGAUCACCACUUCAUAGCAACAAAGAAAGACAAGAUCUUAGCUCUUUUCAUGAUUAUCCUUGCCGUAUUCUCGAACGUGAUAGCCAUAUACAGCGACGCCUACGCCCUCUUAAAGAAGAAUUCAGGACCCAGGGCAUGAUCUAUGUAAGCAAUUCCC